GGCCAUGAGUGGGAGGGGAAAAUACCCCCAUGCUGGGAAGGGGAAUGACAGAGGUGCUGGGUCCUGCUGCGCGGUGCUGCUGGGAGCCUGUGGGGCUGUGGCUGCUGAGACUGGAGCCCGUAUCAGCAGUCACCUCCGGGCUGGGCCGCUGGCAGGCAGGCAGCAGCAGGCAGCUGGGAGGCUCUGAGGAGCUGGUGCCACAUCUCCCUGCGUCCGCGCUCCUGACUCACCCGGCAGAAGGUGUGGCUGGGCUGCGCUCUCCCGACUCCCGUCUCUUCUGCUCCGUCUGUUCCUGGUGGGCGAAUCGGAGGCUCGGUGUGAUGGGGUUGCUCUGAGACCUCGCCCCAGGAGCUUCAGGCCUGGAUGUUGGUGCUGUUUCUCCCGGACAAUGUGGCUGAUACUCUGGAGAAGCCCUCUCUUCCCCCCUGUUCUCCAAGUGCCUGAGCUGGUGGCCAGCUGGGACCUGCGUCUCACCCUCUGGGUCCUGAGCUUUGCCUCGAUGGUUGUGCAGAUGGAGGGCCAGGUCUACUCGCCCACCGUCAACACGCACUACGGGAAGUUACGAGGGGUGCGCGUGCCGUUGCCCAGUGAGAUCCUGGGGCCCGUGGACCAGUACCUGGGGGUCCCUUAUGCCGCUCCCCCCGUCGGGGACAAGAGAUUCAUGCCCCCCGAGCCACCGCCAUCCUGGUCGGGCAUCAGGAACGCUACCCACUUCUCACCAGUCUGCCCCCAGAACAUCCACAACGCCGUUCCCGAGAUCAUGCUGCCCAUCUGGUUUACCUCCAAUUUGGAUAUCGUGGCCACCUACAUCCAGGACCCCAAUGAGGACUGUCUGUACCUCAACAUCUACAUCCCCACGGAGGAUGUAAAACGGAUUUCCAAGGAAUGCACCCGAAAGCCCAACAAGAAAAUAUGUAGGAAAGGAGGAGCCAGCGCUAAGAAACAGGGCGAGGACUUAGCGGAUAAUGACGGUGAUGAAGACGAAGACAUCCGGGACAGCGGGGCCAAGCCGGUGAUGGUGUACAUCCACGGUGGCUCCUACAUGGAGGGCACGGGGAACAUGAUAGACGGCAGCAUCCUGGCCAGCUAUGGGAACGUGAUUGUCAUCACCCUCAACUACCGCGUUGGAGUGCUCGGGUUCCUGAGCACAGGGGACCAGGCUGCCAAGGGCAAUUACGGGCUGCUGGACCAGAUCCAGGCGCUGCGCUGGGUCAGCGAGAACAUCGCCUUCUUCGGGGGAGAUCCCUUGCGGAUCACGGUCUUCGGCUCCGGCAUCGGCGCCUCCUGUGUCAGCCUGCUCACCCUCUCCCACCACUCUGAAGGUCUCUUCCAGAGAGCCAUCAUCCAGAGCGGCUCGGCGCUCUCCAGCUGGGCAGUGAACUACCAGCCUGUGAAGUACACCAGCAUGCUGGCUGACAAGGUGGGCUGCAAUGUGCUGGACACGGUGGACAUGGUGGACUGCCUGAGGCAGAAGAGUGCCAAGGAGCUGGUAGAGCAAGACAUCCAGCCAGCUCGCUACCACGUGGCCUUCGGGCCAGUCAUUGACGGGGACGUGAUCCCGGAUGACCCAGAGAUCCUGAUGGAGCAGGGCGAGUUCCUCAACUAUGAUAUCAUGCUGGGGGUCAACCAGGGUGAAGGGCUGAAGUUUGUGGAGGGUGUGGUGGACCCCGAGGACGGCGUCUCGGGCAGCGACUUCGACUACUCGGUCUCCAACUUUGUAGACAACCUGUACGGCUACCCUGAGGGCAAGGACACCUUGAGGGAGACCAUCAAGUUCAUGUACACGGACUGGGCCGACCGGGACAACCCCGAGACACGUCGCAAGACUCUGGUGGCCCUCUUCACUGACCACCAGUGGGUAGAGCCGUCGGUGGUGACAGCCGACCUUCAUGCCCGCUAUGGCUCCCCCACCUACUUCUACGCCUUCUACCACCACUGCCAGAGCCUGAUGAAGCCUGCAUGGUCCGAUGCAGCCCACGGGGAUGAGGUGCCUUACGUGUUUGGGAUCCCCAUGAUCGGCCCCACAGACCUCUUUCCCUGCAACUUCUCCAAGAACGACGUCAUGCUCAGCGCUGUAGUGAUGACCUACUGGACCAACUUUGCCAAGACAGGGGAUCCCAACAAGCCUGUCCCCCAGGACACCAAGUUCAUCCACACCAAGGCCAACCGCUUUGAGGAGGUGGCCUGGUCCAAGUACAACCCCCGUGACCAGCUCUACCUGCACAUUGGGCUGAAGCCACGGGUACGCGACCACUACCGGGCCACCAAGGUGGCUUUCUGGAAGCACCUGGUUCCCCACCUGUACAACCUGCACGAUAUGUUCCACUACACCUCCACCACCACCAAAGUGCCACCUCCCGACACCACACAGAACUCCCACAUCACCCGCCGGCCCAACAGCAAGAUCUGGACCACCAAGCGCCCCGCCAUCUCCCCCGCCUACAACGGCGACAGCGGCAAGGAGAAGUGGAGCCCGGAGCAAGAGGCGGGCACUCUGCUCGAGAGCCCCCGCGACUACUCCACCGAACUAAGCGUCACCAUCGCCGUGGGCGCCUCCCUCCUCUUCCUCAACGUGCUGGCCUUCGCCGCCCUCUACUACCGCAAGGACAAGCGCCGGCAGGACACGCACCGGCAGCCCAGCCCCCAGCGCGGUGCCUCCAACGACAUCGCCCACGCGCCUGAUGAGGAGAUGCCCUCCUUGCAGGUGAGCCAGGGGCACCACGAGUGCGAAGCCGUGCCGUCCCACGACACCCUGCGCCUGGCCGCUCUGCCCGACUACACCCUCACCUUGCGCCGCUCUCCGGACGACAUCCCGCUCAUGACCCCCAACACCAUCACCAUGAUCCCCAACUCGCUGGUGGGGCUGCAGACCCUGCACCCCUACAACACCUUCACCGCCGGCUUCAACAGCACGGGGCUUCCGCACUCACACUCCACCACCAGGGUAUAGCUGCCCGCCGCCGGCGCACACGCAUGCACGCACGCACACACACGCAGCAGACACUGGCAGAGGGACCGGCGGGGCACGCAGAGCCCCCGGGCAGCGCCCACGGACGGUGCAGCUCCCAGCCCAGAGACCUGCGGGGUCCCAGAGCGGCCCCGGCGCUUUCUUUCGUUCCUAUCUAACUUUUGAGAAGUGCUUUGACUCUCCCGGCCUCAGGGCCCCGUGGGUUGCCCCGGGACGCCAGUGGGGUGCAGGAGGGACACGGUGUAACCCUGCACGACCCACCCGAGCAGGUGGGCAGGGGGUACCCCGCUGUCGAUGGCCACGGGGCUCCCAGUGCCUCCCAGUGAGGCGAUCGCAUCCCCAGUGCUGAGCCCGCCGAGCACCCUGGGACCGACGAGGAGCGGGACCGGGCAUCCCUCUCGGCCAGUGCCCAGACAUCCCCAGGCAUCUUGGCAGCCCUGGAAAAGGCUCCUUCACUGUGCUGAGAAGUGGCCCCAGGCCAUGGUGCUAUAGGCAGAGGGAAUGGGCAGGGUCCAGGGACCUGGCCUUGUGCCGGCUGCGGGCGCUGGGGCUGGUGCCGGGGCUCAGGGACCCUGGGAGUGCGGCCCUGGGCUGGAGACUCGGCACCUCUGCCCCUCUUUGCGCUGCAGAGAAUCUCUUUUGUGUCAGUCAUUUCUCUUUGCAGAGACGUUUUUUAAGCAGAUCUUUAGUUCUUUACACACUAACGGAGUCGCCGCGUUUUGUCCUUUGUAAAGAUUUUAAAACCAAGUGUUCUUGAUAUAAAAUAAAAAGCCAGUUAGAA